AUGGCUUCUUUUCGACGACUACCUGCGACUUUCUUUGUCAUAGCUGCCCUUUCUUUGUCCGUCAGAGGAUCUUCGGAGGCUACUCUUGAAGAUCUAUGGGGCUCCGAUUGGGCAUUCUCUGGUAUUUCGACAUUUAAUCACCUCCCAUACGCACGAUGCUUGGUCAAUCGCUCCGAAAUAUUCGAUAUCGCCGUUGUAGGCGUUCCUUUCGACUCUCUUACUACGUACCGAUCAGGAGCUCGUGAGGGCCCAAAGGCAAUCCGAUGGGCAUCUGGGCGCCAUCUCUCUGGUAGAAGCUUCCAUCCCAGCCUUCAUUUCAACCCGUACGAAUCAUGGGCGUCGGUUUUAGACUGCGGCGACAUACCCGUCGUUCCAAUCGAUCCCGUUCUAGCGAUGAAACAGAUGGGUGAUGCCCUAUUUGAGCUGCUGUCACGUUCUACCUCGCAGAAAAGCCGAUGGAGUCAUCCUCGGCUGAUACUUCUUGGUGGUGACCACUCCAUUGUGCUUCCAAUGCUCCGGGCUCUACAUAAGAUUCGACGGGAGCCUGUCGCACUUCUCCAUUUCGAUGCACACAUCGACACGAUGGAUCCUGACUCAUAUCCACGCAAGGCCUGGAAGUCACAGGCUUCUGAGAUCCAUCACGGGACGGUGUUCUGGCAGGCAGCUCAGGAGGGUCUCCUUCUCCCGGGCCAUCUAGUUCAUGCCGGCGUUCAUGGUAGAGUUUCGAGCCUGCAGGAUUUCCACAGCGACGACUCUCUCGGAUUUCUGCGCAUCCCUGUCGAAGAGAUGGACGAUGAAGGCGCUGACGCUAUCAUCAAGAAGAUUCACGACACAAUUGGGGAGGACGUGCCCGUGUAUGUCAGUAUUGACAUUGAUGUACUUGACCCGGCAUUUGCCCCAGGAACUGGCGCUCCUGAAACGGGUGGCUGGACGUCUCGCGAGAUGAUGAGAAUCAUGACCGUUCUCUCCAAGUUGGACGUUGUUGGCCUGGAUAUUGUGGAAGUUACUCCAGCCUAUGACAGCGCCGGAGGCGAUACGGCUUUUGCGGCUGCAAAUCUUGCCUACGAAGCUAUCUCAAUGAUGGUUCAAAAGGAAAUGGAGACCAGUAAAUUUGAGGCAAAGGCGGGCUACAAGUACCAAAACGAUGAAUUGUAA